UUAGCUCUAGUAAAUUUUUCAAACCAAGCACACCCUAAAUGUGGGCCACCCUACCUUUAAGAUAAUUAUAAAAGUUAAUCCCUUUAAAUAAAAAUCACUAAAACCAUAUGUGUAAAGAUAAGGUGUUCAGUAAAAACUAUUUGUUGGUUAUUAGCAGUUUAUUAAAGAAAAAUUGAUCAAAAAGUCAACAGUCAAUCUACUAUUUUUUUUUCUCUCAAAAAUCAGCUUUUCAGAUAAGAUAACCGACCAUAGAGUCAAAAGUUAAAAUUCAAACCAUAAACCAACAAAAAAGUCAUUUAGAAACACAGGGUUAAAUAAUGGGAGCAAUUUGCAUGACUUUGUUAACCAAAAAAUGGGAUCAAACCAAAACUUGAAUGAUCUGCAAUGGGUACUGGAAGUAUUAGAAUCAGGAAGCUUAAAUCUUCAAAACAUUUCCUUCUUUCUUUCUGAACAAACAUCAAGUUGUCAGCAAGAAACAGAAUCCUCAAUCAACAUAAAGCUUUCCCAAGAAAAUAAUGCUCUCUUCUCUUAUCUCCUUAUACAACUUUCAACAAUGAAUAAAAACAGCAAUACUUUCUUAAGAAACUUGGAGUUUCAUAGAGUCAAAUGGGAAGUUGAGUAUCUCAAAAGCCUCAAGACAUUGCUGGAAAACAACACAGGUAUUAAGCACAUCGCGUUUCGAAGAAAUGACUUCAGUUUUGAGUGCAUAAAAGAGUUGGCUGAGAUUCUCAAAAGGGAUGAAAAUGUCAAGGAAAUCGUGUUUUGUGAAUCGAAUAUUGGUACGAGAGGUGCAGGGAUGAUUGCUGAUGUUUUGAAGGUGAAUGAAAGCUUACAAGAGUUGCAAAUUUGGGAAGAUUCAAUUGGGUUAAGAGGAGCAGAAGAAUUAUCUAAGAUGAUUGAAGCUAAUGUAUCUCUGAAAUUGUUGACGGUUUUUGAUUCGAGCUCGUUUGUUGCAUCCCCUUUGAUUUCUGCAGUUUUAGCUAGGAAUAGAGAUAUGGAAGUUCAUAUUUGGAGUUCUGAUAAAUGCUCCAAAAUGGUGGAGUUUGUGCCAGAAAAUGGUACAUUAAGAAUAUACAGGCUUCACAUUUCAGGUGCUUGCAGGGUUGCCUGUGCACUUGGGAUGAACACGACAGUUACAGUUCUCGAUAUGACAGGAGUAAGACUGAAAUCAAAAUGGGCAAGGGAGUUUAGAUGGGUUUUAGAACAGAAUAAGACUCUAAAAGAGGUUAAAUUGUCAAGAUGCUGCUUAAAAGAUAAAGGAAUAGUCUAUGUAUCAGCAGGGCUGUUUAAGAACAGAAGUUUAGAGACAUUACAUUUAGAUAAAAACUGUUUUGGUGGGGUAGGAGUAGAGCAUUUGCUUUGUCCGUUGAGCAGAUUCUCAUCUCUACAAUGCCAAGCAAACACAACACUGAAAUCUCUCACCUUUGGAGGAGAAAGGAUGAAGAUAGCGAGAACAGGGUUAGAAGCGAUCCUACAGAUGAUCACGACUAAUCAGAGUGUGAGUCGGUUUGGGAUAUUUGACGAUCAGGGACUAAGACCAGAUGAUAUAGUCAGUUUUUUUCGGAAUUUGGAGAAAAACGCGACGCUGAGGUACUUAUCAUUGAAGGGUUGUAAGGGGGUUAAGGGAGAAUCAGUUUUACAGGCGAUUAUGCACACUUUACAGGUGAAUCCAUGGAUCGAAGAGAUUGAUCUAGAAAAUACGCCAUUGGAUAAGGCCGGGAUGACCGAUGGGAUAUAUGAGAAACUAGGACAGAAUGCAAAGUCUGAAGAACCAGAUAUGAACUGGUUUAAGGAUAUGCCAAUGACUACACCCAAGAGCUGUAGAGUCUUCCUAAUUGGGCAAGAAUAUGCAGGUAAAAGCACACUUUGCAAUUCAAUAUCCUACAAUUUUUCAUCAACAAAGGUACCCUACGUAGACCAAGUUCGGACUUUGGUAAACCCAGUUGAGCAAGCAAUCAAAUCAGACGGGAUGAAAAUAAGAAGUUUCAAAGAUGAAGACACGAAGAUUUCGAUAUGGAAUCUGGCAGGUCAACAAGAACUUUAUUCUCUGCAUGACUUCAUGUUCCCAGGUCAUGGAAGUGCAUCAUUUUUCUUAGUCACAACAAGUUUGUUUAAAAAACCCAGUAACCGAGAGGCCAAAGACCCGAAUGAGAUUGAAGAAGAAUUACAGUACUGGCUUAGAUUCAUAGUUUCUAAUUCAAGAAGAGCAGUCCAACAAUGCAUGCUACCAAACGUGACCUUAGUUCUAACACAUAUCGACAAGAUCAUUCAACCUUCUCAAAAUUUUCAGGCGAUAGUGAGCUCAAUUCAACGACUGCGAGACAAAUUCCACGGGUUUCUUGAGUUUUAUCCAUCUGUAUUUACUGUUGAUGCGAGAUCAUCAUCAUCGGUUAGUAAACUUACUCAGCAUAUAAGGAACACAAGUAGGAUGAUCUUACAAAGGGUUCCUCGAGUUUAUCAGCUAUGUAUUGACUUGGCCGAUUUACUUAUGGAGUGGAGGAGAGAACAUAACAAGCCCAUCAUGAGUUGGAAAGAGUUUGGGGAGCUUUGUCAAGCAAAGGUUCCGCCUUUGAGAGUUCGUUCUAGAUUUGAGAACAAAGAGAAGAAUGAGAUGAGAAGGAAAGCAGUUGCUACCUGUGUUCAUCAGAUAGGAGAGAUCAUUUACUUCAUUGAUGAUCCGGGUUUUUUUAUUCUAGAUUGCGAAUGGUUUUGCCAAGAAGUGCUAGGACAAUUAGUACGACUAAACGCUCGAAAGCAAGGUUCAAUGAGAAAUGGUUUCAUCAACAGGAAAGACUUGGAAAAGGUUUUGAAAGGAAGUUUCCAGUGUCAGAUUCCUGGGAUGAGUUCUAAGGUUUUCGAGAAUUUGGAGGCUAGAGAUCUAAUGAGGAUGAUGCUAAAGCUAGAACUCUGUUAUGAACAAGACUUAAAUGAUCCAAACUCCGCCAUUUUAGUUCCUUCAUUUCUCGAAGAAGGGAGACAAAAACCCCAAAAGUGGCAGCUCAGUUCAACUGAUUGUGUGUAUGCAGGACGACACCUUGAAUGCGAUGAUUCAAGCUGCACAUUUUUUACUCCCGGCUUCUUUCCUCAAUUACAGGUGCAUCUUCAUAACCGAUUCAUGGCACUGAAAGAUCAGCAUGGAGCAACUUACAGCUUGGGAAAGUCUCUCAUUUCUAUUAAUAUCAAUGGCAUUGACGUUAGAGUAGAGCUUGGAGGACAUUUGACUCAUUACAUCGACAUCCUGGCUUGUUCGACCAAGAAUCUAACGGAAACACUCCGACUUAUCCACCAGCUAAUAAUCCCUGCAAUUCAUGGCCUCUGCCAAGGUGUUGUAUUGAUCGAGAACAUAAUUAGACCCAAAUGUGUGAAAAGUUUGAUGCCUCCAAGAUAUAGAAAAACACAAUUUCUUGCAUUAUAUAAACUUAAAGAAGCACUUCUCACUGUCCCAGCUGAUGGAAUGUACGAUUACCAACAUACCUGGAGUGCAGUAUCUGAUGCAGGAAAGCCCAUCAUACGAGCAGGCUUUGAUUUUGCUAGGGAUCUUUUAUCAGACGAUGAUUUUCGAGAGGUACUUCACAGACGAUAUCAUGAUCUUUACAACCUCGCAAACGAACUUGAAGUUCCACCUGAAAAUGAGUCACAAAGUUUAUCAGCAAAUUCAGAAACUGAACCGAGAGUUGAUCCAUCUUUCAGUGGAAUAGCCAAGGGUGUAGAGCAAGUCUUACAGAGGUUAAAGAUCAUCGAACAAGAGAUCAGAGAUCUAAAGCAAGAGAUCCAAGGGUUGAGAUACUAUGAACAUAGGCUUUUGCUUGAAUUACACCGCAAAGUAGAUCAUUUAGUCAAUUAUAAUGUUCAAAUUGAAGAAAGGAAAGUGCCCAACAUGUUCUUCUUCGUCAGAACAGAAAACUACUCGAGGAGACUCGUGACCACCAUCAUUUCAGGAAUGACUGCAAUGAGACUCCAUAUGUUAUGCGAGUUUAGGACAGAGAUGCACGUUGUAGAAGAUCAAAUAGGAUGUGAAAUAAUGCAGGUCGAUAAUAUGGCAGUCAAAUGCUUAACACCCUACAUGAAUAAGUUCAUGAAGCUAUUAACAUUUGCACUGAAAAUAGGAGCACAUUUGGCUACAGGAAUGGGAGCAAUGAUACCUGAUUUGAGCCGAGAAGUUGCCCAUCUGCUCGAUUCUUCUCUUGUGACUGGUGCAGCUGGCGCAGCUGGUGCUGCGGCUUUUGGGGCAAUGGCAAUGGGAAGUAGCAGUAGGACGAGAGAGAGAUCACGGGAUAUUCAACAGGAUCAGAGAGCAGCACAGCAGUGGGUUCUUGAUUUCUUGAGGGAUCGAGAUUGUUCAACAGGAAGAGAUAUCGCAGAGAAGUUUGGACUGUGGAGAGUGAAAUAUAGAGAUACAGGCCAAAUUGCAUGGAUCUGUAGGAGGCACAUGAGUUUACGGAACAAUGAAAUAGUCGAAGUACCCCUCUGAAAUGCUGUAUUAGUAGAGUUAGUACAGAGCAAAUUCCUUUGUCCAAUCAAACAUGAUAUUUUCCUUCUGUAGAAGCCACUAAUCUUCAUAAACUGCUAAAAUCUUUUCUAAGCUGAG